AUGUUCGACUGCAUCACGUGCGGGCGGAAGAGCGGAGGAGGCGGGGACGAGCGGGCAGGGGAGCUCACUCAAACAGGGCGGCUCGCGCAGACUUUCACUGGCAACGAAAAAAUGUCUCCGGUGUUUCAAACAUCCCCCGGCUGUGCCUACGAUCGAGGCCCGCGCGGGGCACAGCGAACGCCUGAUCGAACACCGGGCAGCAUGGUGGCGAAGGUGAGACAAGUCCAAAUCGCAAGAGAAGGAUCGGCAAAGAGAACGUCUCGCGGGAAGACGCGUGCAUCAAGCUCUACUGGCCAGGCCCGCUAUGAACACCACGCCACGUAG